AUGGCGGGAAAUGUGAAAGAAGACUCGCCCAAAAUGGCUUUUGCAGCAGUAAAAAAAGUCAUAAAUGAUGAUUGCCUUGAAUCACUCAACACAAAAAACUUGGGAGAACUUUGUAAUAGUCUUAAACUUAAAGCUUCUGGGACUAAAAGUGAAUUGUUACAAAGAUUGCUACCAUUUAAAGAUGACCCGGCUUUGCUCGACAACAGAGUGAAGAACAUCUCUGUGAAGUACAGCUUUACGACAGCCCUAUCGAGACAGGAGAUCCCACCACCAACAGCUGGAUGGAAAUGCAAUACUUCUCUCUUUCCCAAGAUUUCAAAAGACGUUAUCAAGACAUAUCAGUCUAAUAAGCGACAGGGAAUGAUAGGACAAUUUCGCAAAGCUCAUCGAAUGUUUUCUUCAAGACGAAUGAAAACCAUCAAGGUUUUCAAAAAUGGUAGCCAGUUAUUUGUCAAGUCAAGCAUAUUAAAAAGCUUUUCUUCUGAAGUUACACGAACUGCAACUGUCUUGUUCAUUGACAAUGUUCCCAAGAAAGGUUUUUGCGAAUGUGCUGUCGGGAAGUGUGGUCUCUGUUGUCAUGUUAUCGUUAUACUGCUACAGUUAGAACACUUCACAACACAUAAAAAGCUGUUUUUGUCUUUGACCUGUACAGAGAAGCUUCAAAUGUGGCAUCGACCAAAUGUAAAGAAAGGGAAAGAGGUAAAAGCUAACUUGAAGGCUGCUGCUCAUAUCAGACUCAAAUAUUUUAGAAAUGCCAAAUCAGCAAGACAUGUAAAUCAAAGAACAAAGAAGAAAGUUGUAGCUAGAGAUGUAAGUGAUGAAAACAGUGACUGGCUGAAACGAGAUAUUUCCUCCAUGAGCUCUCAAGUAGUAGAUGGCCUGUCUAAAUGCAGAAUCAAUUUAUCAAAUCAUUUUCUUAAAACUCUAGAGAAAUUUAAAAUAAGACACUCAGGAUUGUAUCACCAUUUGUCUUACAAAAAUGCUUAUCUGAACAGAGUUAUUCAAAAUGAACAUGACUACACAAAACUAAAUCCUCCAGCAAACCUGGAACAAAACUCCAAAACACCUUCUGAGUGUGAGGAUAAAUGGCACUCUUCAUUGAUAGCCAAUUCUAACAACUCUAACCAAGAUAAUUGCACAGUGGGACAGCCUACUUCAGAAUGUCAAGAGCAAAUAUUUUGUGCAGAUAAAACUCAAGAGUUGUUAGAAUUGCUUACAAACUCUAAAGAUGAGAUUAUAGCUGUUAAGGUCCCUCAGCUUAAAGAAGUCAGACUAACUACAAGUGCAAGAUACAUUGAUGUUCAACAAGGCACUUCUGAUUGGCUUAACCUGAGGACGGGGGUAAUAACAGCAAGUAAACUACCAUCACUCCUGGGUUUUCAUGGAAACAAAGAGUUUGAUUCAUCAUGGUUUUAUAUUCUAAACAAGAUAGAUGAAAGUAAAUGUAAACCAAAGCAAUACAGAAACUUUCAAAGAGGAAACUACUAUGAAAAAGAAGCUUUAGAGCACUUUCAGAAACUCUCUGGUAAGUCAGUUUAUUCGAAAAUAUUAAUAGUAACACAAUACUCUGAAAUUUAGCAAAUAAGUAUAUUACCAGCAUAUCAUGCAGUUAAUCAUGUACAUAACAUAAUCAAAUAGGAAUACACUUACAUGAACAUAAAUGUAAACAAAAAAAUUAAUGUAAGUUUGAGUAAUCAUGUAUUGAUUUCUAUUUUUUUCUACAGGUGUCCCAGUCUCAAGUUGUGGGUUUUUCAGACAUCCAUCAGACACAAACUAUGGAGCAAGUCCUGAUGGUAUUUCAGAAGCAUUUCUCGUUGAGGUCAAGACAAGAGCAGAAAACUCUGAAGCCCCAUUAGACAAAAUCACAGGCUCACAUAUUAUUCAAGCAAAUUUUCAGAUGUCUUGUGCAGGAGCAAAUCUUGUAUUUUUGCAAUCUUAUCACCCUGAAAAGAAAAGUUCAAAUAUAUUUUUCAUACCCAGAAAUGACCUGCUUAUAGAUGUCUUAAAAGAAAUAACUGAUCAUAUUUUACAUCACAAAAUUGUAAGUAAGUGGGAUUAUGAAGAGAAUAACCAUCUCUCUGAACUUGGAAAGAACUUAUUAAAUACUGUCCCUAGCUUUGACACAUUACGUCAAUUCCGUAAGUGGGUAAACCAAAUGACAAAGCAUAUAAAGAAGGUAGUCUUUGUUAAAACAUAG